AUAGCCUAGGAUUGGCUAGGAUCGCCUAGCUUAACUUUUUGAGACGAGAGUUAAAAAUCACGUGAUAAGCUCAUUUGAAAUAGAGGCGCGACAAAAUGGCGACGGAAGAUUCGGUUGCAAGUUCUGCUCAAGCCUUAGUCAGUCUCAAAGAAGGCUUAGGAUCUCCUCAGAGGAUGGGUCACUAUCCAGCUCGUAUUAGAAAAAAGAAUGCAAGAUUUUUUAACGAUGAUGAAGAAACAGAUUAUCAAGUUAGUAGAACGCCGAAGAGACGAGUAAUUCAGCAGCCACUCUCAUUACCUCAGCCAGAGCAUGUGGUGUCGAUUGGUUUAGAUAAGAAAGCAGCUCAGGCAACUGGCAUGAGGUUACGUAAUUUACUUAAACUGCCUAAAGCCCAUAAAUGGGUAUGUUAUGAGUGGUUCUACUCAAACAUAGAUGCGCCUCUGUUUUUAGGAGAGAAUGAUUUUUGCAUUUGUUUACGAGAGUCUUUUCCUCAACUUAAAUGUAAGAAGCUACGUCGAGUCGAAUGGAAUAAAAUACGUAGGCUAAUGGGUAAACCAAGAAGAUGUUCUCCGGCAUUUUUAGCAGAGGAAAGAUCUGUUUUAGAGGAAAGGAGAGAAAAAAUUCGUCAACUUCAACAAAGGAAAACUACUGAGUUUAGUUCUAUAAAAGAGUUGCCUGAUGAGAUACCUUUACACUUAGUCAUUGGUACUAAAGUUACAGCUCGUCUACGUAAACCACAAGAUGGACUUUUCACUGGAACUAUUGCUGCAUUAGACACAGCUGACAGUUCUUAUAGGGUUACUUUUGACAGACCUGGACUAGGAACACAUUCAAUACCUGAUUAUGAAGUUUGGAGUGAUGAACCACCAGAUACUAUAUCUAUUACAUCAUUUCAAGAGAAACAAAAACGUCAACCUGUAAAACAAGUCUCCCACAUUCCUCCACCAAAAUUCAUACCAGGUUAUGGUUCCCCAAACUCUUUUCAAACGGGUGGAGAUGUUUCUAUAAGACCAGCUUUUCCUGCCUCAGAAGGAUUUGAAGCUCAAUCACCUUUUAAAGGUAAACUGGUCAGUCUGGAAGGUGGAACCUAUGGGGGGUUUCCCAUCAAAUUCUUGGUUUUAGUGACACGGCUUUCUAAAAUUCUUCAAGUUAAGAAAGAUUGGAUUAAGCAGUUGAGUGACAUGAACACAACAGCUGAAAAAAAGAGCUCUUUUCAAGAACCAAUUACUUUGGAAUUUCAAAAAACUUAUGCAGGAAUCGUGCUUGAACUAGAAAAACUAAAUAAAGAUCUUAAUGAUUACCUGAAUGGAGUUCAGACUUACUGUUUAGAUAUUGCACCUGAGCAAGGAGUGACUCCAGCUGAACCUCCUUCUGAAAUAAAGAGGAAAUGUGAUGAAGAAGCAGAAGAAACAGUAUCGAGAAUAUGCAGGGGAAUGCUGCAGAACCGUAGAACAGCUAAUAAUGAGAAAAUUCUUCAACUAGUUGGUGAUUUAACAUCCAUUAUGUUACAAAUUCGUACAUUUUCAGAAAACGAAAACAGUUCAUUUGAAUUUGGAUCUCUCCAAGAAAGCUUACAAUCAAUCAAAAGUAGAUUGGAUGCCAAUAAUAUCAAUGUCUUCCAGAAUAAUGUAGAAAUACACAUUAAUCACAUCCAAAGUGGACUCAGCCAGAUGGGUAACCUUCAUGCCUUUGCAGCAUCCAAGCCAAAAGUGUAGCAAGAAUGCUUUGACGUUUGUACCUUGAGAACUGUAAACUAAAUUACAACCAAUAGUAAUUUUAAACUUUGGUGUCUUGAAAAUUAAAUUUAUUUAAUUACAAAACACAGUACUUCAAGAAUUUACUAUUUAAUUGCCAAAGGCUAGAUUUGUAAAUAUGAUUUCAAAUGAAUUUUAUUUAUACAAUGA